AUGGCGCCCCUCAUCCGCAUAGUUGGCUCCCUCAAUGCGGACAUGGUAUCAGUUACACUGCGAUUCCCAGAACCCGGUGAGACAAUCACCUCCUCAUCCUAUUUCACCAGCGCGGGCGGCAAGGGCGCAAACCAAGCAGUAGCAUGCGGGCGCAUGUCUAGGGCUAAGCCGACGGGCACAGCCAACCCCACAGGCGACGUCAAUGUCGAAAUGGUGGGCGCAGUAGGGGGCUUGGAUGCCCACUUCUCCUCUCUACUGAAGCCGACCCUCGAGAGGUCCGGAGUCGACCCAUCCCGAGUGAAGAUCGUCGAGAAUGCAUACACGGGUGUAGCGGUGAUCGUUGUCGAUUCAUCGGCUGGUGGCGAGAACCGAAUCUUCUUCUCACCUGGUGCAAACUACGAGGGCAUGCAGCCUACUCCGGAGGUGUUGGGCAUGGCAGUGGUGGCGCCUGUGCCGGACGUCAUUGUUAUGCAAGGCGAGAUUCCGGUCGAUACUGUUAUCGGAACACUGCGGGAAAUUGCAGCUUACAAGGCUAAGAACCGUGCUGCUGGGAAAUGCGGUAUCGAAUGUGGGCCAGACGUUAUGCUUAACCCGGCGCCUGCGCCACCCGGCGGUUUGCCCGAGGAUGUAUACGCUGCUGUUGACCAUUUGAUUCUCAAUGAGACAGAGGCAGAGCUUAUGACCCCGCCUGCGGAGCAAUUGCUUCGUACAGUGCCGGAUGCAGAGGGUCUGGACGGUCAUGAGAAGGUUGCCCGAUACUUCCACAAGUUGGGUGUUACCUAUAUUCUUAUUACACUUGGAGCCAAGGGGGUUUGGUACAGUGCUGCAGAUGCCGGCUCUUCUGGACCGAGCGAUGGGGUUAAGCGCUUCACCAAUGAACUCCCCGCUGCUCCUGUAUCUCGAGUCCUUGAUACCACUGCAGCGGGUGACACUUUCGUGGGGGCUUACGCUGUUAAGGUGGCCCGGUGGCGUGAACAGCGUCGCGCGGAGGGCAAAGCUGGACAAGAUCUUGCGGAAGCUGAUAAGCCAUAUCGGUACAAGAGUGUCAUGGACGAGGCAAUGAGUCUGGCUGCGCGGGCCUCUGCUCGGGCCGUUGAACGUCAGGGUGCCAUGGAUAGCAUCCCUUUCGAGGAUGAGAUCUAA